UGCACUAUAUAUACAUAUACAUGUAUCUAUAUUUCCCCCAAAUUCUAGGGUUUCUGCAUAUUACAAAAUAUUCUCAAAAUCAAUUCAAUUUUCAAUUCCAUAUAUAUUCACGAUGGACUCUUCGUAUCUUUAUGGCAAUUAUCAAUACCGCCGGAAACUGAAAACCGCCGGAAAUCCGGCGCCGGCGUACCGAGCGGCGCUCCGUUCGAUCGGCAAGUUUCCGGCGAAGAAUGUUAUUAGGAAGAAGCCGAUAGCUCCUAUGCCGGCGAAGCCGCAGAAGGUGUACAAGGUGGAUCCGGUGGAUUUCAAGGAGGUUGUUCAGAAGCUCACCGGGGCGGAGGAGUUUAUUCCGAUGAGAUUGCAGGAGGUGGCGCCGCCGCCUCUCCGCCUGAGGAAAUUGGGAUUUGAUACGUUUGGUGCAGUGAGCCCCUUAGGGUUUGAUUUAUCUCCGGCGUCGAUUGCGUGGUGUUCGACGGUUCUGAUGAGUCCUGGAACAGGUGCUUCCAUGGAACCAAGUGCUGUUGUUUGAUUAGGGUUUAUUUUUGUUGAAGAUAUAAAUUUGAAAUUUCAUGAUUAAUUAAUUAAUUUUUUUUUUGUCUUGUUCUAAAAUAAUAGUUUCAUUUUCAUAAAUAAUUAUAUCACUA